AUGUCCCGCCAUCAAUUCGACUUAGUAAUGUGUAUGAAACAGCCCGGAACUUUUGUUGGACUUUUGUGUGACAAAUGUGAUGGUAAGUGCCCCAUUUGUGAUUCGUAUGUGCGACCAAAGUCUCAAGUGCGGAUUUGUGACCAAUGCGCCUUCGGCGCCAAUCAUAAAAAAUGUAUCAUUUGCGGACAGUUGGGCACCAGUGAUGCCUACUACUGUUGGGAGUGCUGUCGAGCAGAGAAAAACAAAGAUGGAUGUCCAAAAAUUUUGAAUGUGGGCAGCAACCGGACUGACAAACACUUUGAGAGAAAGAGCUUGGUUGAUUCCUAA